CCAGAACGAGGCUCCGGGCGGAAAGUCUCAACUUCUGAGUUUGGAGCUGGUUUUUGAACGACCAGAAAACCGCCUGCGUCCCGUACAAGAACGCCGCCGCUUUUCUCGAAGGUAAACCCGUAUCAAACCUUUCUCCGUUAGCAGAGGACUUUGUGGUGCUGUUGGUUCACUCACAGCUGUGGUAGCGAGCGUGGUACAGUUCGCUGGCGACCCCGGAAGUGUACGGAUCGAUUGUUUACAUUUGAAGUAGACUCAGGCGACCUCGGGGUUUGAGUUCAGUUCUCCAGAGUGCGAUCCCUGACGAUCCAUCACCAUCGGGACAGAUUUUACCUCAGAUUUGGCGCCGUACUUCUUGUUUAAACGCGCCGGGCUUCCUGCAAGCCCUUCCCGACCGUAUUUCGUCCCGGCCAUGCGUAGAUCGCGUGAUAAUCCAGACCCAAAGCGCGGGUAAAGUAAGUGAGACUGACCGGAGUGUAGUGUGUACGUUACGUGUAGUGUGUGGGGGCUAGCUACCACCGCGCGACUUGACAAUGAGUUUUCACACGUGAGCUGGCCCGGACGUAAUGCGGAGCGGUCACCACUUCAAGCGGCGAGCUCACCAACUCCACACAACUCCCUCCGGACUCUCGCACGAUCUGGAGCCGAUUUGCUAAAGCCUCCAGUAGACCUGGUACCCAGCCUUGAGACUGAUUGGCUGCGCUGAUUGUCUGGGAGUUCUUAGAGGUUGUCAGCCGGUAUUAGCACUGCAUUCUGCCCCAGACUUGUUGCCUGCAGUUAUAUAGGACUAGAGCUGGCAUGGAGAACCCAAGCUUCAUCCCCACUCAGUUGACGACCCCCGCUCUCAUGGUCCUGGCGUCUACGGCCGAGGCGGCACGAGACACGUCCAGCCUCCCGCCACAGCAGACCGGAGGCUUCACUCCGCAGGGCACGCCGGGGAUGGACAAGGAAGGGCACGUGCCUUUCUCCUCGGCGUCCUUCUCUCUCCCUACCAUGUACCCGCGUCAGGCAGGUGCUGACGGCUUCCCCAACCGAGAGUUCAUCCCGUCCGUCCUCCAUCUCCAUCCGCACUUCGCGGGAACUCAUCUGGAGAGGAGCGGGCUCGCCAUGCUCAACUCCACGGGAAGCGGAGCCUUCCGUCCCUUUAGCAUCAGCGAGGACAGGGAAGGGAUGUACCAGUCGGCGUUCACGCCCGCCAAGAGACUCAAAAGUAGUCAAGAAAGUGAGUUAGUAGCACGAUUUCGAGAUGGCGAGCAUGGAAGCUCACCGCGCGAACUGGCGGAGAACCACCGCUCGCCAGCGUCAUUGGUGAAACACGAGCAAGGAGAAGACGGACUUCACCGAGGGUCUCCGAGCAGUUCGGCCUUCAGUAUCCAUCCCGGGGGUAAGCUCGACCGAGACACUAUCAGCCCGGCGUCAUCAGAAGAGGGUCGGACAUUGAGAACAAGCCUAACCCCUGACGGUCGAUGGCUAGGACUCUCACCAGGAAAAAGAAAGCCCGUGCUGUUGGACGGACAGACGCCAUGUUGUCCCGUGUGCGGGGUGACGCUGCGCCCAGGGGCAGAGAUGAAGGCCCACUUCGAGCAGGAGCUGGAAAAACUGGCCAAGAUUGGGAAGAAUGGGAAGAAGACGAACAAAGAUGCUGCUUCACAAUCAAAAAAGACGACCUGUUGGAAGUUUACCUCUCUGUUCUACCAUAGGCCAUGGAAGCUGGCCUCUGUGUUUGAGAGCAUUCCCAGCCCCUCCACCUCGACCUUCCCCUCACCGCCAACACCCUCGGGUAGUCGCGUCAAGACCUCUCCCCCUCCCGACAACCCUACCAUGUGUCGCUAUGAGGUAGGUAUACCCCAGGAAGGCAGGAGAAGUGCUGCAUUCAAGAAUUUCCAGAGAGUGAAGAUGAACAGACAACAGAGAUUGAAUGCCUCUGCCACCACAGCCCGUCUAGGCAAGGCCGCCAAGAAGAAGCGUAACCUGGAGGAGGCCACCAGCUCCGACGAGCUCCCAGCAUGCCCCAUCUGCAGCGUGAAGCUGGGCGGGACUCCCGAGGAGAUGAACGGACAUGUGGAGGCCUGUCUCAAAAAGAGCCAAAGAGAGAGUGAGACGGAGCCAGUGGAUGUGGAGGGUGAGACAGAGGUGUUGAGGAGUACACCUGGGCUGGACAGACUCGCGUCAGAGCAACCUCCAUGCUACAGGGACAGUUUGAAGCCCAAGGGUUCCAGGUGGUGCGGAGUAAGAAGGAGAAUGACAGACCAGGACCUGAAUGUGGAUGGGGAUGAUGCAGAGGAGUAUGGAAAACCUCAAUACCGUGAGCGUGACAUCAUUCCCUGCACCUCAGAUGAACCCAGUGAGAACAAGGAAAGAGAAGCUCUCAGAGAAGCCGUGCUUGGUAGAGAGAAUAAUGAGGACCCCUCCCAGUCAGGAGACAGAUCCAGAUGGGCAAAUGAAGAAGGUAAUCCAACCACAAGUAAUGGCCCAACAACAGAUUCUGUAGAGACUACAGAAGCAGGGGGCACCAAAUCAAGGGAGCCCGUAGCGUCCACCAGCCGUGGCCCAGUCAGUGAUAAGGUGGUGGAGGCACUGAAGGCAAAGAUACGGGAACAGGAGCAGCUCCUCAGCAAGAAGGACCGCAUCAAGUGUCUCAUCUGCAUGGAGCCCUACACUAUUCCUCUAGUGUCCAUCAACUGCUGGCAUGUCCACUGUGAAGAGUGCUGGCUCAGAACUUUGGGUGCAAAGAAGCUGUGUCCCCAGUGUAACAUGAUCACAGCAGCGGCAGACCUGCGGCGCAUCUACCUCUGACAACCAAAACAUUCACACAGAAAGGGAGGACACAAUCCAUAUCUACAGUCAUUCUAAAACUGUUAUAUAGCACAAACAUGAUCGGACAAGAACUCCUGUCCAACUUCAACCCAUACCGUUUUUACUCGCGCAAAGAAAAUGCUGUAAAUUUGAUCGCUACUAUCAUCGGAGGAUUAAACGACCACCGCUACAAAGAAAUGCUUCAAGGGAUUGCCAGAUCAUUCGAAUGUGUCGACCGAUAAACUCAUGGUUUGAUGUCCGUGCUAUUUGUAUAUCUGUGAAAACUGGACAAUCAAAGUUGGUGCUGGUUUUGUUAUUGUGGAGUGGCUAUCGAUGUUGACUGGUCGAAAUAAUGAGGAAUAGAUAUAUCAUUUGUUGUACUGCAUUGCAAAAUACGAGGACAAAAAAACAACAACAACAAUUACACAUUCUUUCAGACCAAAAUUUCUUCAGGGUUUCCUAUACAAGAGUUAAAGGAUAUCUAUAUAUGUGUAUGAGCAUGUGUGUGUAUACUGUGUAUAUAAUGUAUGCAGAUGCCUUAAAACCUAGUUGGGAGUUUGUUGGCGUUGUAUUAAAGCCAGUUGUUGUAGGUGUUAGUGAGCGUAGCUGCAGGUGUAAAUGUUUAUUCUUCUGUGUAUCCGCACACCUGCGUAAGCACAAAUAAGGGAAGUGCUGUAAUAUAUAGAAUCAGAGGCAUGCCCUUACGAGAACCCCCUUUUCUACAAUGUAGUAGUCUACAAUGUUGUGCCACAGCAUAAGACAGUGGACUAAACCAUUGUUUUAGAUGGGUAAUAAAGAAACGUAAGUUGCCACAAAAAAGGUACAAGCUUUGUUUUCAACUUGUAAUAAGAAAAGGGGCGGAAGGAUUUGUGGAGGCACAUGAAGAAGUUAGUGAAAGCUUAGCAAAGGUUCAGUUUGUUGUUCGAAAUGUAAAACACUUUGCUCAAGUAAGUUGAAGUAAACCAUGGAACAAAGUAAUAACAAGAACUGUGUGUGCAUUCUUUAGCUAAAUAAAAGAUUUGCACUAACAAUCUCAGAAGUCCCCCCCCCCCCCCAGAAAAAAUCUUGGUCCACCCCUAUACAUGUACA